AUGUCUAAAGACUUGACAAAACCAUUCUUCAAAGAGGAUGAAAAGGAUGACAUUAAUGGAUUUCUCUUCGAUUAUAGUCGAUAUGCCAAGUCAAAGGGCUGGGAUGAUGAGAUGAAAUGCGGAAUGAUAUUAAAAAAGGGAAUAGUAAAGGUGAUAAAUGCUGAAAAUGAUGAGAAGCUGAAAAUAAAUCGUUUGAGAAACAUUAAACAAGGAGAAAAGGAAACAUUACAAGAUUAUAUAAGCAGAUUCGAAGCCUAUGCAGAUGCUGUAAAAGGGCUGAUGAGAAAAGGAAUUGGUAUUUGGAUAGAAUGCAGGAAAACUAUCGAUGUAAGGGAUAGAGAGAGGAAUGAUAAAAGGGGUCUACCUAUAGCUGAAGAAAAAGCCCAUGCAAAUAAUCAUAACAUCGACAGUAUAGCAGUAAUGAUAGAGGCUCUAACUAUCAACUAUAUGAAACAAGAAAUUAAUGAUGCCAGUAGGCUUGACAAGAUCGAGACAGAAAUAAAAGAGAUGAUGAGAAUGACACCAUAG